AUGCGCACAUUGGGAGCUCUGCGCAUCGCGCUGCACGCAUCUCUGCUGGCGCUGCUGCUGGCCCAGGAGACCCACCAGCCCCAGGAGACCCACCAGCCCCAGGAGAUCCACCAGCCCCAGGAGACCCACCAGCCCCAGGACGGAGGCUCCGUGAGGCCGCUGCCCCGCUUCUCCACCACGGAUCGACCCCCCGGGUAUCACCUGCCCAGCUACAUGAUGCACCUCUACAGGAACUUCAGGUCGAACUCCUCCGGACCGGCGGAUGCGAUGGAUGAGGACGCAGCGCGGCAGGCGGACACCGUGAAGAGCAUCAUGGCUAAAGCUUUGGCCUACAGACACCAGCACUGGGUGGUGACCUUUGACCUCCAUGCCCUGCUGGCUGACCAGCAGAUCCAGGCAGCAGAGCUGAGGAUCAGGCCUCCUGGGAGGCCGAGCGCCGCCAACGUCACGGUGGAGGUGUACCACCAGCGUGGCCAGGAGCUGCAGCUGGUGGGGGAACUGGACGACUCGUCGCUGGUCAGGUCGUCGCAGAGCUGGAAUGUGUUCAACAUGACUGGUCCUCUCCUGAACUGGCUCAGUCAAAAGCCCACGACGAGAAUGCGGCACAGGAGAGUGUCGAGGAAAAGGAAAGCGAUGCUGAAGAAGAGAGGCCUGGAUCAGCCGCUUCACGUGGUGAGCCCGAGGCCGGGGCACGACGUGAACGACCGCGCCCUGCUGCUCGUCUUCUCGCAAACGGCGUCGGACAAGAACCCGAAGGCCAAAGCCAGCUUGCUCCAUACAGCCGAGCAAUCCAAGUUCUUGUCUCCCGCCGAAAUCAGAAAGGACCGCCGGCUGAGGGGGCGCAGGAGAAGACGGGGUCAGAGGGAACACACAGUGAGAGGCCUUCAGGUGACCGAAAUAGGGAUGGAAAGGCCUCUGUGUCGUAGAGUCGAUCUGUAUGUUGACUUUAGUCAGAUAGGCUGGGGCUACUGGAUCGUCUUUCCCAAAAGAUACAACGCCUACCGCUGUGAGGGUUCCUGCCCCGGUCCUCUGGGAGAAGACAUGAAUCCAACGAACCACGCUUACAUGCAAAGUCUACUGAAACACUACCAACCCGACAGACUGGCAUCGCCCUGCUGCGCCCCGACCAAAAUGAGCUCGCUGAGCAUGCUGUACUACGAGAACGGAGAAAUGAUCCUGCGACACCACGAGGAGAUGGUUGUGGACGAGUGCGGCUGCCAUUGA